AUGAGCAUUAGCAGAGGGCAUUCGGUCGAGAAAGUGCGUUUUUCGGCUAGCCGAGCACAUUCUGACGGUAAGUACGCAUAUAUAACUAUACGAUUUAGAGGGAAAUAAAUCUUUUAAAAAACCAGUGGCGACUCGUGCAUUGGUGCGAUGGAGCGAUUCUCUAUGUAAAUUUUAAACUAAUUUGCAAUUGUGCUCUAUAUUUUAUUUUAGAUUCUCAGUAGAGCGAGGAAUAUAUUGAUUUUACAAUAAUGUUUAUUUUAUUUUCCGUACACAACUUUUCUACCAGCAAUUUGGCCUCGAUUUACAAUGAUAGCGCUCUUUCCGAAAGGAAAUCUGACUGGAGUAAUACUUUGAGGGGGUCAUUUUUUUGAUUUUCCCAAUAAAUGGGAAAACCGGGAGAACAGCAAAAUAGGUACAAUAUUAAACAAAUACUAUUAAAGAAAAUGUUUAAUGCAAAUGUGAUUAUUUUAUCAUAAUAUAUUGUUGAUAAAACAACACUAUCAACCAAACUCCGUUUAGAAUCACUUUUCGUUAGCGAUGAUUUAUUGUUGCGUACAAAUAUGGGUAGAACACGAUUCCGUACGUUCAUUGUUCGAUAUUACAUUUAUUUUUUUUACCUUUUUCUAACCCAACUCCGUAUUGUAUUCGAAUGUGACGUUACCAUAUGAGGAAUACGAUUCCGCAUGUUUUUUUCUUGUAAACGUUGCACCCGAUUCCUAUUGUAUUUCAAUAAACAGUAGAGCGUGCGGAAUAGUAUUCCUCUCACAGAUGUACAUUCAAUUCCGGUCUAUAUCCUACCUUCCCAACUUCCCACCAACAGCAGUAGCUGCACCCGUCUCCCUUAUCCUUGGACAGCUUUUUUCAAUUUUAUUAUUAUUUUCAUUACUUAUAUAAUUUUUUUUUUUUUUUUGCAAUAAUUUCAAUAAUUAUAAUGAUAUAAUUUUUAUAUUUAUUAUAGUAACAACUAAUACUAAUAGUACCUAAUCAUUUUUAAUGUUUGUACGCAUUUCAAAAUAUUAAACAAUAUAAAGGAUUGCAAUAUAAAAUGAUAGUAUUCAGAGAAAAAUAAUUGUAUCCCAAUCCUACAAUCCCAGUGUGCAGUGAUAAUAAUACCUAUACAAAUUUAACACCGGCCAAACAACCAACGUCUACAACGUCAUGUAGUUAGUCACGGCCCACUAUAUGGAGCAGUACGGCGGGGCCGUUGUGCACACAAAAAAAAAAAAAAAAAACUGGUUUUUAAUAAAAAGUAUAUGUGUAUGCCUAAAAUCAUAUUACACGGUAAUUAUUCUAUAUUUUUAGUCGUUCAUAUUCGGCGAGGAUCUGUAUUCGUGUUGGUAAAACGACGAAUCGUGUGGAAUUUGUGGUAUUUUCGUCUAUUAAUAUUUAAUAGCUAUUGAAAUGUUUACCGACAGCUAUAACUACCGAGUACUUUAUAAACCAUAGUAACAUGCUAUUAGUUAUGUCACUAAUAUCGUAUAAUAUUAUUUUUUAUUGUUAUUUUUUUACCAUCUAGCCUACAAAACGAAUUUUUUAAAUAAUAGAAGUAUUAGUGUUGAUAUAUGCAUUAAUAAGUACUGAUACUGAUGACGGGUGUGUCAUUGUUGUAGGUAGGAUUGUGGGAAGUUGGGAAAGUAAGAUAAACAAAGUUAUUUAAACUGUAAACUAUAACAAACCAUUGCAAACAAUUUUGAGCUAAAUUAUAUUAUACAUAUUUUAAAAUUCCGUAAUUUUUAGGAUUUUUAUCAAAAUUUGAUCUUAAAACACUUAUGUAUAAAUAAUAAAAAAAAAACCUAUAUACUAUUAACGCUAACUUUUUUACUAUUAUUAAGUAUAACUUAUAAUGAAUAUCUUAUUUAAUUUUCAAACAUUUCUGUUUAGUCAAACAAUUUUAUUCACAUAAUACCUACCCAAUAAAAUCGUCAAAUACUUCAACAAUUCGCAAAAUGUAUCCACGUCUAGAAAACAUUAAUACCUACAUAAGUAUUCUAUAAAAAUGUGUGAUCCUUACGUUUAUUUUAAACAAAAUUACAACAAAUAAACAAAAUUGAAAAAAAAUGAAACCAUUAUUUCAGUAGUUUCCUGUUUUAAAAAAAUCAGAAAACUACUCUUACUCACCAUCUCGAUGCCUCCUCUUAAGGUUCGAGCAAUGUAAUAAAAUUGUUAUUGAUUAGAAAACGAUGAGGAUUACUCGGCCAGUGUCAACGCAAUACUUCACAAACGGCUCAGUGUCAGGAAAGGCAAACAUCAAAAGCAAAGGAGAUCUUCGUCUCCCGUGUCCUCGAUGAUGGCGGAUGACGCAAGCUUGCUAUCCGAUCGUAGGAGAUCGUCUGCCUUUACCACCAGCUCUGGAGAGUAAGUUUCUUAAUAAACUAUAUUAAUAUUAAAAAUAAUAUUAAUACUCUGAUACAUUUUACUUCCACAUAUGUUAUAAAAGUUACGAAAAGUGAUCGCAAGAAGUCGAGUUGUUACCUCUGCUACUACACAAAUAAUUAGUUUGCAUUAAUAACUGCGCAUAAUAUUAAUAUAUUAUAUAUUAGACUAUUAAUUUAUAAUUUUAUCGAAUAAAAUAACGUGUUAACAAUCGAAAUAAUAUGCAUAUAAUUUAACCUUUACUAUAUAUAUACCGAUGGCGCAAGGGAAAAACGUGUAAGGUAAAAAAUGUAAGAAAAUGAAAUUAUGUUACAUCAAUAGAAAAAUCAUACGAAUUUCGGGUAAAAUAAUGAAAGUUUAAGUCUAAGAUUUUAUCUGUUGUUAUACGUUUGUCAAAACAUGUAUAUUGGAUGGAAUAAAUUAUAUGGUCGGGAAAAAUCUUAAAUAUAUACCGGGUGAUCCAUUUAAGUGGAGACACACACUAUCUCGGAAACUAUUAACAUUUUUUCGGAAUUUGUAUUAUAGAACAUUGUUACAUGUUAUUACAUAUUAUUACAAUAAAAUGUUGUUACAUUGUUACAAUAUCAUAAUAUACUGCUAUAUUUUUAUGAUAGUACGGCGAUUAACAUCGAAGAGGCCGGUAUUUCGCAGGAGCAAAUAUUCGAGAACAUCCGUUUGCACAAAGAAGUGUUAGGCAGUGUCCGUCUGCAACCGUGGUCUAUCCGCAGGAAGAUGAAACUGGUGCAGCAGGCCAAGGAAUACGUGAAGAAGCACGAAGGUCAGCUACAGGAGCGCUUAGCCAUGAGCAAGAGCACCAGGGAUAUUUUGGCUCGAUUUCACAUACUCGUAGUCAAAGUAUAAUUAAUAGUAUAAUUAUUUCAUUCGAAAAUCGCAUAUUCAAAAAAAAUCGAAUUAGAAAUGGCAGGUAUCCGAAAAAACAAACAGGAAAAAAAAAGAUUUGAUACUGGGGAUGGGUGCAGAUUGUAGCCACUAUUGUAGUUGGGAAGUUGGAAAGGUAGAAUACAUGAAGGUAUUGCAUUUAUAUCUGUACGCUGUACGCAAUGAUAAACUAUUUGUAACGAAAAACGAUUCAGAGUGAAGUUCGGCAAGAUAUUUUCAAAUUCCGUAAUUUUUACGAUUUUUAUCAAAAUUCGAUCUUAAAACGCUUAUGAAAAAAAUACUAAUGCAUUAAAUUCAAACUCAUAUUUUAGACCACCAAAGACAAAUUAUAAUGUACCUUGUGUUGAAUUGUCAAGCAUUUCUCUUAAGUCAUAUAAUUUUAAUAACAGAUACCAAUACCAAAUAAAAAUACAUACAAAAACACGAAAAUACCUAUAAAAUACCUAUAAAUACCCUAGGAACUGAUAUGUAGAAUGUUUUAAAAAUUUGACCACGUUUACAAAAGGUCAAUAUAAGUAUUUUGUGAAAACUACAGGUCUACACAGUAAUUUUUAACUGAAUAACAAAAAAAAAACCGAAGUGUCGUACACUUUGCCGUAUUUCUUACGUUUUUCUCGGUUUUUCAUAAUCGUAAAAAAAAACUAUACGAAAAAUGAAACAACGACUUUCUCACUUACUGUACUAGACUAGACAAAAUUGUCUUUCAGAAAAUUGAAAAAAAAAACGGCCAAUUGGGGGGGGAUUAAACCCCAUGAACCCCCCUCCGUGAGUACGCCCAUAACCUAUCUACUGGAGCUUAAAAUAAUAUAGUAUUGUUGCGUCCUAUCUUAUAAUAUAUGUAUAUUAUAUUAUAAUAAUUUAUAAUUAUUGCCAAAAUGUAUAACUAUAUGGUAUAUAUCUAGGAUAAAUUGUUUAUUACAUUUGAAUUGAAAUACUUGGAUUUUCGAACACGUGAUAAUUCUAUUAUAUUCAUAAUAGAUUCUCGGCGUAUAAGUGUAAUAAUAAUAAUUAAUAAUUAUACCAAUAUCACUAUUAAUAUUUUUAUAACCAGAGCUCGGAAUUCACAAAAAUAACAUAUUCUUAUGUAUAGGCAUCUAUUUUUUUUUUUUUUUUAAUAAGCAAUUUCAUUAACAGUUACUUACUCUUACUUUACGCAUAUUAUGCAUUUUUAUCUCUGAAGUUUAAAUUUUCUGCAUUUAAUUAAUCAUACAAAAAUACUAAUAAAUAUUAUUUACAGAUGAUUUUCAAAUAAAAAAAAACAAUGUUUUGUAUAACACUUUUUGAUAAUCGAAAAUAAUAAUUUUAAUACCUAAUAGUUAAUAUUUAUUCAUAUUGAAAUCCGAGUUCUGAUUAUCGUUGUUAUUAUUCGGCGUAUUGAUAUGUGGUUUUGUCGCGCAAGUAUAGCAGUGGCAACACACUAAACGGGAAAUGGCCAAUGUCAUAAGUCAAAUAAUCCCUUGGGAACUUACUAUUAAAGAAAUCGAGUCCCAAUUCGGGACGGUGGUCGCUUCGUAUUUCACGUUCCUUCGAUGGUUGUUUUGGGUGAAUUUUGUCAUAUCCGUGAUGUUAGCGGCUUUUGUCGUCAUACCCGAGGUUAGUAAAAAUAUGAACGUAAAAUUAUAUUAUUUACUGGACAUUUACGAUUAAUAAUUAUUGUACUUACAUCACACAAGAAACAUAAUUACGGAGAGGGAAUGCGAUCCUGAGUCCUGAUAAUAGAUAAUACUCUAGAUCUUUAAAAAAAAAAAAAAAUGUUUUUUAUUAUAUUUAUAUAUUUGGUAAAAUGGUUUUGAAAAAACGAUAAAUGUUCAUAGUUACGCGUCCAUUUUAUGUAAGAGCAAUAUCAAAAUGUUGUUUUGUUCUGAUUAUCGUGUUUCAAAAAUAAAUAUCGUAAAUACGAAACUAUGCGUCGUUAUUUUUUUUGAAAAUACUCUUGUGUCAGUUAAUUUUAUAUAUCUCCCUCAUGCGAGUCAUGUUUACGUCACCACCGCAGGUAUUAACGACCAGUAAAGCAGACACGGGAGAACGGAAGACUCUGUUGCCAGAAGAGGAGACCCACUCAAUGGACCUGAAUACCUUGGUGAACUUCGAAGGUGUUCUGCAACACUCGCCCAUGUUCUACGGCUUUUAUUCGAAUCGUCCAAGUUCGGAUUCCGGUUACCGGUUGCCCACAGCCUAUUUCAUCACGGGCUUGGUUGUCUACAUUUACAGUUUCGUGGCUACUCUCAGAAAGUACGUAUCUGUACGGCUAUAAUUAAAUUAUAGUGUGCUGAAUUCAAAUAAAUACAAUAAUAAUAUUAUAAACGAUGCAAAAUUCUAGUGACGAAAUUGAACAAUAAUAAUAAAAGAAAAUUAUGAAACUUUCGUAUAAACUUUCCCGUUUCCCUACGUUUUUAUCAAUUAUUAAAAAACCUGCAUGGAAAAUCAAAAAUGAUCUCAUUAAUAUACCAACUAGAUACAAUUUUUUUUCAGAAAAAAUGUUAUACUUUAAGCUAAUAAUUGUAACUGUACUUUUUUCUCCUUUGGAGUGUUUAAACAUUAAAUAAAAAUAAGUCGGGGGGCUUCACGGACGUUCCCUAAUGUACCACCCCAGUCAGAUUUCCUUUCAGAAAAAGUGUUAUCAAUGUAUAUCGGAGCGAAAUUGCUGGUAUAAAAGUUUUUCACAGAAAAAAAUUUUAAAAAAAAAAACAUUGUAAAACCAGUAAAUUCCUCUUUGCGCUAAAAAUCUAAAGGAGGAAAAAAGUACCAACAUACUAAAAAAUUUAAAUUUUAAAUUUUAUUUGAAUUCCUAAACAAUAAACUAAAAAAAUCGUUAAUAUUAUACAAUUUUUAAUAAAACUACCGAAACACGAAAAAAUAAAACUAAAAAGUGUUAGGAUCUAUGUUCAUUUUUUGCAGACUAUUUUGUGCCUAAAUGUUUUAAAUACGACAAUUUUUAUUUCGUUUACCUAUGUAUAAAAUUCACUGACAAAAAUAUGUAUUUUCUACAGUUUCUCAUUCGUAUAAUUAUCAAUAAUUUAAAUGUUGUUCAGAUUUGGGGUCAUUUUUUUGUGACGUGUAUCUGUUUCUAUGUAUUAUAUGUCAUAUAUUUGCAGAAUGGCCGCUAAUUCUCGCCUGAGCAAACUAUCCGAAAAAGAUGAUGAGUGUGUUUUUACAUGGAAACUAUUUACCGGAUGGGACUACAUGAUCGGCAAUGAAGAGACGGCCCACAAUCGCAUCUCGUCCAUAAUAUUAGGAUUCAAAGAGGCGCUGCUCGAAGAAGCUGAACGGAUGAAAGACAAACAAAAGUAAUACACACACUCGCAAAUUAAUAAUGUCAUCUAAAACAGCGACGUUUCUCAACCUUUGGGUCAUAAAUAAUUUUGACUGUAUCGCCCCAAAAUUUUAAUAGUUAGAAAAACGGACGUUUUAAAAAUUAAAUAAUUGUAAAACAAGAAAAAACGAUAAGCCUAAGAAAAGAGUAAAAAUUCUUUACUUUUCAUAAACGUAGCUCUCUACUGUGAAGUAUGAACUUUAUUUUAAGAAAUUUAAAGUAAAAAUUUAGAUAAAUAUUUUGAGUCAUGUGCACAUAAAGGUACAAAAGUUGAGUUUAAUGUUUAAAAGUAUUUCCCAGCAGGGGGGUGCAUGUACAAUGUACACAUUGCUGGGGAGGCAUAAGCAGUCAACACGAAGUAAAAUUUGUAUUUUACAAUAAAGGGAAAAAAUUAAAAGUUUAAUAAUGACCGGGGAUUAGGUAUUGAUAAAUAUUACAAGCAAAGCCGAUUUAGGUAGAAGCAAUAAGAAGCAAUUUACAUUUUUGAUAAGUUUUCUUUUACACCUAGAUGACCUUUUUUUUUUGCUCAUUAUGUUUGUUAAAAGGGAAAGGGGACAAAAGAUUUUUUUUUAAAGUUACAAGGGGACUUAAAGUAACAGAAGUUGGGAACCACUGGUUUAAAAUAUAGUCGAAUCGACUUUAAUAAUUUAAAUCAUAAACAAUAAUAAUAAUAUUAUAAUAUGUGCUAUUCUCAACGAUUUCGCGUUUGUACCCUCGUGACAAACAUCUAAAGUUCUGCACUUGAAUCACAAUUACUACGAAUUGAAAACAAAAAAAAAAGGUUGUCUAUUACUUAUAUAAUUAUUAUUAGGGUUACGUUUUUGAAUAAUAUAUCAAUUACAUAACAUCACCUGAAAUUUCACAUUACAUGAAAUAUCGAACAAUACAUUUUUGUUUCUCAAUGUUUGAAAAAUAGUUUCAACUUGCAUUAUGUUUUAUAAAGUCAUAAUACUGACUACUGACUAUUAAAUUAUAGUAUUGAAUUCAUUUAACUGUAAAUAUUAUAUUCUUUACUCAAAUUGGUCUCGUGUCGUAAUAAUAAAACAUCAAUAAUGUCCAAAAUUAAAACCGAUUGAAAUAUUUUAUAUUUGUUAAGACUAUUGUUAAUUUUAAAUGUUAUCAAUUUGUUGUUUAUAAUUUUUUUAAAAGCUACGAUCAGGACCAUUUAGUACCCAUGAUGUCUGUCAUAGUUAUUAUUAGAACUUGAAAUUUAAUAAUAAAUAUUACGAAUAAUAUUUUUAAUUUUUUUAUUAAAAUUAAAUAUUUCAUGAAAUAUUUUAACAAUAUAAGUUUCAUGAAAUUUAGCAACCUUAAUAUUACAUUUCAUAAUAUUAUUUUAAUCGUUGCAGUGUAUACUAUAAUAAAAAUAUACUAGGUAACCAAAUUAUGGAAUAUCAAUGAUUUAUUUGAUGUUUUAUGAAAAUCAUUUUACAUAAUAAAAUGCUCAUUUUAAAAUGAUUUUUAAUGACUGCAUUUUUCAUGGUUCAUAAAACGAAUCGUUCCCGCUCGUUCGAAUAUAAUCACUGCAGUUGGAAAGUGGUGGCUCUGCGAAUAUUCGCAAAUCUGAACAUGGUGUGGAUGCUGGGCAGUUCAGUUUAUGCAGUCAUUUUUGUGGUGAAUAGGUCAACGGGCCCCGAAGCAGAGUCCACGCUAUGGCGAAAAUAUGAGAUCACCGUCGUCAUGACGCUGAUCGGCACAUUUUUUCCGAUAGCAUUCGAAGGGCUGGGUGUGUUAGAAAACUACCAUCCGAGGACGACACUUCGUGUGCAGCUGGCUAGGUAUAAACACAAUAAUAUCACGAAUAUAUUUGUUUGAAAUCCUACACAAAAACGGCUGUACCUAUUUGACCGAAAAGGUCAUUUUUGGGUGAAAGGUAUUUCGUUCGGGGUCGUACCCGACAAUACAAAUUUGUUAUUCCAACAAGAAGCAGGUACCUAUACCGUAUAGGUAUACGUUUAUGAUUACCUAAACGAUAAUUUUUUUUCUUUUUACUGACCAAUGUGAAUUUAAACGUACUUAACAACAACUAUUAUUAUCAUUAUUAUUACAUUUGCAGUUCGAUUUUAAAACGAAAUUAUAAUAAAAAGACAGACAUACUUCGCACGUGAGUGCAGCCACUGUAGUAAGUGAGAAUUUGGGAAGGUUGUAAAAAGGAAAUUUAAUUUAUAUCUGUAAGUAACGAUAAACCAUUGCUAACGAAAAAACGAUUGUGAGUGGAAUUCAGUUGACAGUGUUGCUUUGUCAACAAUAUAUAUUUGUGCCAUAUUAUGGUAAAAUAAUUACAUAGAUAUUAUAUAUUUUUUUUAAUAUUUAUUUAACAUUGUACCUAUUUUCCCGAUUUUCCUAUGAUUUUCCGGUGUUUUUUACGGUUUUUCCUAUUUAUUGGGAAAAUUCUUGGAGAAAAUCAAAAACUUACCUUCUUAAAGUACUUUCCCAGUCUGAUUUCCUUUAAGAAAAAGUGCUACCAUUGUAAAUCGAAGCAAAAUUACUUAUAGAAAAAUUAUCCACAGAAUAAAAAAGUCAUAAUUUUUUAAUAAUAUAUUUCGUACAUUUUCCCGUUUUCCUCAGUUUUUGUUUCGAUUAAAUAUUCUACCACCAGAAGUGCGUCGUUCUAUUACAGUCCGACGUUUUACAUUAAACUACAGUCGGCAGGCGCGAAUACAAGGUGUAGGAUAGAGAGGCUGAAGCCCCCCACUUAAGUCAAGCCCCCCUUAGACCUUAUUAAGACCUAGUAUUAAGGCUAUUUAUUCUAAAAUUGAUUAAAGACAACAACUCUAGACAGCCAAUAACGUCAGUUAACAAUGUUAAAAAUGUUGAUAGCAGGAGUGUACGGCGUUCUUUUAAUAAAGUACGAUUAAGGAAGUUUAAAACGACGUUGUACAAAAUGUGAGGAUGCCUAAAAUAUUAAAUUUAAAAGUAUAUAGUAUAAUUUAGUCUUUAAUCGCCUGAAUUGUAGCGGUUGUAUGGUUUACGCUGAACUAUCUACAUCAACGUGUAUAAUAAGUGUAUAAUGUAUAGGUACCUGCAAUCUCAGUUUUGAUUUAUAAAACAAAUUUUAAUUAAAAUCAUAUGUCACAUCAUGUACAAUGAAUGACGCGUUGUUCAUAUGGAAUUGUCACACAAUUCAACAAAAAAAUAUUUAUACCAAUACGAUUAUUUUUAAUAAUCGUCAAUAAUCAAUUUUAUGUUUUUCAGGAUUAUGGCAUUGAACUUGUUGAAUCUUUACACCCUGACUUUCGCCUUGUUUGUGAAAAUCAAUGAAUUGGUAAGUAUUCCACUAAACGCGUAUGUACCCAGAAUUUUUCAAUAAACGAGGAUAAACAUAUUAUAGUAAAUACAAAUGUAUACCUAAUGUAAACAAAAUAUAUAUGUAAUCUAUUAUUUAAAGCGGUUUUUAGGUUUCUAAACAGAGGUUUAGAACAUCGAUACACCGUAUAUAUAGUAUAUCCCCGUUAUGUUCGUCCAUCUCUAUAGUUCCAGUUGUUGAUUUGGUUAACAAAGGGUUAUAUUAUAUUAUUCGUAUCAUUAUUAUUAUUACUAUUAUAUUUUUCAAUAUAAAUUCGUAACAUUAAUAUUAUAAUUAUAUAUUAUUAUCAUUAUCAUUUUUUUCCGUUUAUUUUGUAUUAAAUGCAAAUUUAAUAUUUAUAUACUAGUUAAUAUUAAAAAAAAGAACGGAUAUACUUCGCACGUGGAUACAGCCACUAUUGUAAGUGGGAAAUUGGGAAAGUAAGUUACAGAUGGGAAUUCAAUGUAUAUCUAUAAGCAACGAUAAACCAUUGUUGACUAAAAAAUGAUUCUGAGCCGAUUCAGUUUAUAAUUUGCCUUAUCAAAAAUACAAUAUACGGUAUUAUGUCAUUAAUAUGGUAAAAUGGUUAAAACAAUGUGCGUUAUCAUGUCAACAAUGAUUGUUUAAAAACACUGAAAUAAUAAAAACUUAAUACAAUAACAAAAAAUAAAUAAAAACGAUUGCCAAUUACAGCCUUAUUUUUAAUCUUUCAUAUUUUUAUCUUGUCUAACCUAAAAAACCAGGCUUUCCUCAUUAUCUCGAAUAUAAAUGAGAAUUUAAAAAAAUGACUCUUUUAAAGUACCGCCAAGAGAACAUUUAUUUUCAGAAAAGGUGCUAUACUUGAUAAUCGGAGUAUGCUUUAUAGUAGAAAAAGUAUUCACAUAAAAAAUAAAUAAUUAAAUAAACAUCACUGUAAAACCAAUACAUUCCUCGUUGUACUCAGAAUCUAAAAUAUAUAAUUAUCUACUUUAACUGUCUAACCCACUAUUUACAAAUUAAGAUAUUUAUUUAUUUAAAUUAUUUAGGUUUCUACACACAAGCAUAGUAUACUAGGUUACCAAAUCCGCUCAAAAUUAUGUAUGAAAUUAUAAUAUAUUGUUUGGAAUAGAUAUUAGAUUGGGUAAUGGGUGAAACCAAGUAUUUUUCAAGCCCACUCUACAAGAUUUUAGAUUAUUUUGCAAAGUACAUAACUGUGCACAACCGACAGUUACUUAUACUUAGUUUAGUUAGUAUAGUGUGAAUACUCAAAUAUUAUUAUUUUAUUAGUAAUUCGUUUUCAAUAUUGUAUAGUUUAUAUAUAUAUAUAUAUUUUUUUAUCUAAACACGGUAAAUGGAGAGUUAAAUCCCCAUAGCCCUCCUGGGUACACCACUGUUAGUUUUAACGGCUAUUAUUUUUAUUUUUAAAUUUAACCUAUAUUUUUCACUAGUGUUUGAAGUUAAAAAAAUCAGAGUAGUUACAAUGGAAAAAAAAAGGGUUAAUGUUAAAAAAAUCCCAUCAUCAAAGAACAACACAAUAUGCAAUUUACUCACAAAUUCAGUGUUGUUAAAGUUCCUUUUAAAAAGGAACUUGUUCCCGUUCUUCGUUCCUUAAAAAAAAGAACCAGUUCCUUACUUAAGCUUUCCUCUAUAAAUACCUUAUGUAAUCCAAAAUAUUUUUUUAUGCUCUUAAUUAAAAAUAUCACUAAUUAAUUUGUUUUGGAAACCAUGUUGCAUGUCAACAAAAAAUUAACUGAAAGAGUUUCAUCUAUUAGAUUCAAAACUUGAUAAGUGAAAUUUGUCUUUCAAAUGUGUUUUAGAACAUAUUCCAAAGGAGAAUAAAAGAAUUACAAUAUUUACGUUCCUAUUCCUAAAAAUAAGGAAUUAAUUCACGUUCCUAUUCCUUUAAAAAUAAUGAAAUUAAUUCCUUCAUUGGUUCCUCAAAAUAUGAAUCACAUCUAUAAAAACGCGUUCCUUAAAAACACAAUAUAUUAUUUUAUAUUUUAUUAAACGAGUAAAAUAUACACCCUUUGGAUAAUACCUUUGAUGGCAUAUUACCAAAAGUCAAUCCAAUAUAUAUGAUUUUUAACCAACUUCAAAAAUAGAAUGUUUAGAAUUUAUAAACCAAUCCAUACAUUACUUUUCCACGUAUUUGUUUAUAUACAUAACUUCGUCAAAUGUGCAUAUUAUAUUUGGAUGAUUUCUUUUUAUUUAAUAGAGCUCCUUUAAUCUUAUAUACCAUAAUUUCAAUUAAUUAUAUGUUAACAUUUGAUUUAUUUUAGUUUUUCUGUAUAUUCGUUUAUCUUUAUUUAACUUAUAGGUAAUCGUAUGUAUAUUGGCUUAUUUUUUUACAGACAAUAGAGUUGGGUAAAUUAAAACCGUUGAACUCGACCAUAUUCGCAACAACCCCGGGGUCCAUAUUGAAUACAACGACUACUCAAGCACUGAUAACCACAGCGGUGUUGCUGAAUACCACCAUAAUGAUGCCAAUGUCGACGCCUGUACCGAUGACAACGCAUAUGACAGCCACAACAACGACGGAAAUACCUCCACGUAUCAUCGACUUCAAAGAAAACCAACACAAAUGUCAACCGUUUGAAAUCCAAGAAAUGAUCACUUGUUCUGUUCCAAAAAAAAAAAGCCAAGUAGACCAGAAUGCCGCUCCAAAUGUGACAGACGGGUCUGUAAUUAAUUCGAAGACAAUCCAGAACAGUACUGCAAAUGAUUCAAAAAUGGUGCAAAAUGAAUCUGCGACCAAUACUACAAUCCAAAAACCGACGAAUAAGCCUAUAAAAACUAAUACAAAAGAGGCGGAUAGCACUACGAUCGGUAUGACACAGUGGUCACACACACCAGUCCCGACGAUGGAGAACGGGUUUACAACGUUACAGAUAUCGACAAAAAAACCAUCAACAGUCUCUACGCAACGAGAUAUGCUAACCUCUUCAAUCACCACGGUCACGGAUGAAUACGCUACCAAAAGUUCAGUGGCCACCACGAUGCAUAGCGCCGUCUCUAGUGAUGUCGACGACAUAAAGACUUUAGAUCCUCCGCGAGACGACCAGUGGACUUGGAGCACCGGGACAGAGGAUAAUGACAACGUCACCGAAAGAACUUCGAUUGACAGUUUGCAGAUAACCGCUGAAGUCUAUUACGAUACAACCAGAGGUUCUAACUCAAAUUUCACUCAUCUUAACUACGAAAAUUCAACCAGCACUGUAGGUGAGUCAACGGUUUUUGAGUCAACAUCGAAUCCAACCGAUGAAACGACCUCGGCAGAUUCAAUUUCGCCAAAUCCAUUCACCACAUCUGGAUUGCAGACGGUUAUAGACACCAAACCGAUAAUGAAUGACGACAAAAUGGAAUCGAUUUCAAUCAUAUCCGAUCCUUCGACCGAUAAUGAAGAGUAUUACGAUGGUACAACAGUGGCCCCCUGGCAAACAAAUGAGGUUUCGACGGCAGGACCACGGAGGAUUAAACGAAUGCUGCAAAUGGUUUUAAAUGAUACCCAUUGCUUCCAUAUUGUGUGUUCAUCGUCAUCGGAAUUUAACCACGUUACCGAGGCAUUGAAUUCUCGAGGAGUUACUGAGACAUCGAGUGAAUAUUACACUCUAAAUUAUUUACGAUGUGUUAUUAUAUAUUAAUAUGUUUUUCGGUUUUAGGUUAUUCGACGACAAUGGAACACGAAGAUGCACCAGGCGAAGAUUAUUCACUUACUGCCACCUGUCUGUCAUUGACGAAAAGAAAACGUCUGCGAAAAUUGUGUUGGGAGACAAUGUUCGGACAGGAAUUGGUAAAACUCACAGUCAUGGACUUGGUGAGAAAAUUAAAUUACUCAAAUUAAUAAUAUCUAUACGUCUAUUAAGUAUAUUUAUAAAUAAAACAAUAAUCUAUUAUUUUCUAUUAUUGAUAUAUAAUAAAUAUGGCAUGUAUAGGAAAUAUUUUCAGAGAGAAGGGAAUUAUAAUUGACAGUAGUUUUAAAAUGUUCAGAAGGCAAGACCUGUCUGGACUUGAAACUCGGAGUAAGAUUUCUAGUUGUUUUCAGACAGAAAAAAUAAUCGCAUACUAUAGCAAAACUAGUGCAUUAAUAGCUACGUUCAGAAUUUAAAACUGUAGAUGAAUAGGUGAUAAAAAAACAGAAUUAUUGAGAAAUAUUAUUAUGUAGCCGUAAUUCAAAUCGCUUGACGAAUUUAUCAUCAUUAAUUUAUCUUUUUGCCAAGCCACCGAUAUAAAAAUAAAUAGGUACCUACUAUAUCUAUUUACAUCUAUAAUAAUAAAAUCUGAAUAUGACAGUAUGAGUAUGAGUAUAAUCGUAUCGAAUAUAUUUGUAUUUUUUGUGAUUUUACAUUAUUAAUUAUAUUCUACAAAAUAUGACCUGAGAUAUUGAAGAAUAGACUAAUAUUCUACAAACUCACAAACACGGACCUAUUUUGUAUUGUAUCUAUUAAUUUGUAUGGUACCGUACCUAAAGAUAUGCAAUUCACCAGUAAAAUGUUCGUACAUUUUAGUAAAUAGGUUUAAUUGUUUAUUAAAAAUAAAAUAAACAUAUAUAUAGGAUACACAUAUUAAUUCAAGAGUGUAAAAUAUAAAUAAAGAAAUAAUAUCGUAGAAUACCUAUUAUUGAUUUUUUUUUUUUUUUUUUUUUUUUUUUUUUUAUUAUUAUUAUUAUUUGUUUUAAUAAAAUAAUUUGUUUUAUUUCUUUAUUUAAAAAAAAAAAAAAAACAUACAUUUCAUAAACAACAGAAUACUUUAAUCUGAUAAAAAAUAUGUUUGAUUUAUAUCAUUCUACUUGAAAUAAGUCAAAAUUAAUUUUACAUAUUUUUACAUACUUGGUAAACAAGUAUUUUGUAAAUAUUUUAGUAAUUUUUGAUUUUGUCAGUAUAUUUUGACGACGAUGAAGGUUUCAGAAAUAAUAUUAUAUAAUUAUUCCGAAGUUGAUCAUACUUUACUAGCGAUCAUAAAAUAAUAUUCUUUAAAUCGUUAAGUCGUAUUUCAAAAUUUAAAUAAAUGUAUCGAGAUCUUAAUUUACCUCCUGAUCCUAUCAUAAUAAGAUGGGAUACGUAGCUUGAAACUGUCCAAUACUAUUGAGAUCAUUUCAACAAAAUUGUUGUACACAGAAAAAAAGGCCAUAAUAUUUUUUUAAUACUACCUACAUUUCGAACAUUUUCUGUUUUUCCGACAUUUUAUCCCGAUUUUUCCCAGUUAUUGUGAAAAUCGAUUUAAAAAUCACAAAAAUGACCUCCCUAAACCAUGGAGAUAAAAUUUCCUUUCGGAAAAUAAACUACACUUGAUAAAUGGGAACAAUAUUUCUGGUAGAAAAGUUUGCACAACAAAUCGAGGGGUAUUUUUCGAAUAAAAUCAUCCGAGUGAGCGAUAGGUAGGUCUCUAGGUACACUUAAAAUGCAUUUUUUUCCCCCGUUUUAGAUAAAAGGGAAAAAAAGUGCAAACAAUUUUUUAUCAACCCUCGAUCACUAUCAACACACACUCGGAAUUAUUUGUACGCUAACAAUGGUUUACAAAUAUAAAUUUAAUUACCUAUAACAAUGACUGCACCCUUCCUUUUUUUUUUAAUAUUUCCUGGUAGGGCAUAUCUGAUUGUUUUAGAAGUCAUCAAUUUCAUCAAAGUCAUCAAAUUUAAUUUAUUCUGCCCAUCCAAAUAAUGAGUUCAAAAUUCCAUCUCUACAGGUAUCGACGAUCAUCUCAACAAUAUUUGUGGACUUCGCACGGGCCGUGUUCGUACGGUACAUGAACCGAUGCUGGUGCUGGAACCUGGAAAAGCGGUACCCGCAGUAUGGUGACUUUAAGAUCGCCGAGAACAUACUGCAUCUGGUAAACAAUCAAGGAAUGGUAUGGAUGGGUAUGUUCUUCUCGCCCGGACUGCCGAUCAUUAACGUGGUCAAACUGAUGAUUAUGAUGUACGUCCGAUCGUGGGCGGUACUCACGUGCAACGUGCCACACGACGUAGUGUUUCGGGCCAGCCGGAGCAACAACUUUUACUUGGGCCUUUUACUCACUAUGCUGUUCCUGUGCGUGCUACCGGUCGGCUACGCCAUCGUGCGGAUCGAACCAUCAUGGCACUGCGGCCCAUUCUCGCAGUAUAAGAAAAUCUAUCACAUAUUCACCCACUCUAUCAAAAAAGCCGUUCCCAAUCCCGUUGUCCACCGGGUCCUCGAUUACAUUGCGUCACCCGGUAUCAUCAUACCGCUGCUGCUACUUCUCAUACUCGUAAUUUACUACUUGGCCUCACUCACUUCCUCGCUCCGAGAAGCUAACACCGAUUUGAAAGUAAGUAUUAGUAGUGUAGUUAGUGGCGUACGCAGGAUUUUUCAAUGGGGGAAGCUUGAAAAUUAAUAACUUAUCAAUUAUUUUGUCACAAGUUUGAAAAAUAAAAUAGGUUAAUUCUCAGUUCUAGCUGAUAAUAAAAAUUUUUUUAAAAAAAGACAGACAUACUUCGCACGAAUCCACUGUUGUAGGUGGGAAGUUGGACAGGAAUUUAAAUGGGAAUUUAAUGUAUAUCUGUAAGCAACGAUAAACCAUUGCUACCGAAAAAAUGAUUCUGAGCGGAGUUCAGUUGAUAGUAUUGCAUUGUCAACAAUACAUAUGUCAUCUUAUGAUAAAAUGGUUAAAACAAUGGGCGUUUCCAUGUCAACAAUGAUUGUUUAAAAAAUACUAAAAUAAUAAAAACUUAAUACAAUAACAAAAAAUAAAUAAAAGCGAUUAUUUAUAAUCUUUCAAAUGUUCAAUCUUAACUAGCUAGCCUAAAGAACCAGGCCUCCCUCUCCAAUAUAAAUAAGAACUUCAAAAACUGACCUCUUUAAAGUACCGCCCAAAGAACAUUUCUUUUUAGAAUAGGUGCUAUACUUGAUAAUCGAAGUAAGAUUCCUGGUUGUAAAAGUGUUCACAUAAAAAAAAGAGCUGAUACUGGGGACGGGUGCAACCACUGUUGUAGGCAAGAAGUUGGAAAGGUAGGAUACAUAAGGUUAUUUUAUUUAUGUCAGUAAACAACGAUAAACCAUUACUGACGAGAACUAUACCAAGCACAAUUAGGUAACACAUAAUUUGAAGUGCCGGAAUUUUUUUUAACCUAACCUUUCUAUGUUUUUUCCCGAUUAUUUUGAAAACUAAUUCAAAAAUCAAAAAAACGAACUACACCAUUAAAAAUAAAAUUAAUAAUUUAAAAAAAAAGGCACUUGUCGUUUUUCAAUUUGAGCUAUACUUGUGCUAAAAAAUAUAGUAAGUACUUAUUUAAAAUAACGAAACCGUGAAAAAUUCGUAUUUUUUUUCCCCGGAUAAAUGUUUUUAUUUUAAAUAUCCUUUUCGAAAAUCAAAAAAUGACCUAAGUAUUUAUCAAGUAGAUAAAAUUAAAUUUCAGAAAAAGUACUACACUAAUAUAUCGGAGCAAGUUUUCUAGGAUAAAAGUGGUGUACAGUAUAAAAAAAAAAAAAAAUAAUAAAGUACCAUUGUAAAAAAAUUAAAAAAGGAAAAAAAGCCGAUGAUUUUGGAAAUUUCACCAGGUCUAGGUAAGUCAAAUAUAAGUAUUACUAAGUUUCAAGUCUCUACGUGUAUUUAUAACCGUAUUACAACAAAAGAAACUCUCAAAAUUUAAAAUUCUUUAAAAGCUCAAAUGUUUUGGCGAUAAUAUCGUAAUAAAUUAAAUCAAAGAGGCAACAAAAAAAGUAUCUAGUGAUUUUUUGAUUAAAUCAUUUUUUCUGGUAGAAAACGUUGUCCAUGUUUUCAUAAAAUAAUGAAAUCGUGAAAUUGUACGUUUUCCUUCGCUUUUACGCUUUACUUUUAUUUAAAAAUGGCGUUGAAAAUCAAAAAAAUGACCUCUUUAAAGUUCAAUCUAGACCACAUAAGAUUUCAGAAAAGUUGCCACACGUAAAAAUCGGAGCAAGUUUACUAGGAAAAAAUGUGUCCACAGGCUAGAACAAAAAAAAUAAAAAAUAAACAGCAUUGUAAAACCAAUAGCUCCCUCGCUAGGCUCGGAAUCUAAAAUAAACAUAUUUGUUAAACCAACACAUUCUUCAAUUCAAAAUCUAAUAAGUAAAAUUUAGGUAACCAUGAAAAUAUUCGGCAGUAAAAUAGAAUUUUUAAGCUAGUAAAUGAUUGAAAAAGCCAGAGUUCAACCGAAAUUAGAAAUUUAUGAAUUGUGGAUUGCAUACUUACCACUGUUUUUUUUCUUCAAAUUAGAAGUCGAAAAAAAUUCUUUCUUUUUUCUGCCAUAAUGUUUAAUUAUAUAGUUAUUUUAGUGUGCAAAACUAUGAGAUACAAAAACAAUGAUGAAAAAUCUAUACUAAAUAUACCUCAUAUUAGAUACUCAUGAGAAAUAAAUGGAAACAAAAUUAUCUAAAUACCUUCCUAAUUGUUUUUCACUAAUUCAAGGUUAUAUUAGUAUUAUCUACAAUAUCCUUGGGUUACCUUAACGAUGCGUUAAUUGCUGUCAACAUCAGUUCAGUAAGUUCAAUAUGGCAAUUUGCAAUCAUAGAUAUUAUCUAAGGCUGUGUGGAAGCCCGCGUAUGCACGGAAACACCAACCACCAAUGUUGUAAUAACAAAAUCAUUGUUUAUAACUGGUGUGACCACAGUUAAAAUUAAUAAUAAAAAAUAAUAAUUAUAUAAAUCUAAUAAAAUCUUAUUUUGCGAUAAUAUAGUAGUAUAGUUAGGUUUUUAACAGAUGGCGAUAUUAAAUUAAAUUAUUAUACAACGGUCAAUGGGGGGGUCAAUUUAGCCCCUCCCCCUGCGUGCACCACUAAUUGUAAGCUAAUUAAUGAUAAUAUAAUAUACUAUGGAAGUUUGAUUUAUAUUAACAAAACUCAAACAAUCGUUCCCGUUCAUAAGUUUUAAUAAACAAAUAAUAUAAUGAAAUUAUUACAGACUCAAAGUUAAAUAGAAUAAUAAGUUAUUUGUAAAGUUAGAUAAUUAGUAAUAACAAAUAAUAGUUUGUCCAGUGGCUUACCAAGAGUUUUUCAAUGAGGUAGGGAGCUUGACUAAAAAAAAAUUUUAUAAAAUACUUUUUUAGUUUUUACUCUCAUAGUCCCCUUUUUUUUAUUUUUCAAAUUCAUGCACUGGUUUUCGCCUUUAUUGGAAUCAGCUUAUAGAAAACCCUUUGUAGCCUCUUAGAGCGCUUAUUAUACUGCAAUAGUGAUCUGGUGAUUUUUUUUCUUUUCUAGAUCCAAUUGAGACGAGAGAGGACGGAAGAACGGCGUAAAAUGUUCCUAUUAGUGAACAGCAAAAACCGCGGCGAUGACAACGAUGAUGAUUACACGUGUCUGGACUCAACGUUGUCCAAAUGGAGACAAAUAAUGCCUGACAACAAGUUGACGACGGACGGUUCGAACUUUGUGCUCGGAUUGGCAGAAAAAAAAAACGCGGGUAAGAUGAUUUGGUGGAAAAAACAUGAUAAUAUGUUUUGUGUUAAUUAUGUUCCGACUUCCGAACCAUGAUUUUUAAUAACACUGGUCAUUAAAUAAGUAUUGGACAUUGAUUAGACGGGAUACACAGAAAACAUAAUAAGUACUUGGAGUUUUUUAAUAUUUUAGCAUUAGUUAAAUAUAAGUUUUGUGUCCAAAUUUCUAGUGCAUAAAAUCUAUACGAAUAUGUUUAACUGAAUUAAAACAACAAACAAAAUUGAAAAAAUAACAAAAGCAUUAUUUUUGUAAAUUUCCCGUUUUUCUUAGUUUUUCCCAGAUAUUAUGAAAACCGCUUGGGAAAUCAAAAAAUAACCUCCAAAAAGUAUCACCUAAAUAACACUUCCCUUCAGAAAUGAUACCGCUCGUAUAUAUCGGAGCAAGAUUUCUGGUAGAUUUUUGUAUUUAAUGUAAAAAAAAAAAUUAACAUCUUUGUUUACAAACCAACACAUUGUUGCAUGCACACUUAGAAUCUAAAAUAAAUAUCAACUUUUAAAAUAUUUCGAAUACAUAUGGAAAUAUUAAAAAAAAUUGAUAAUGAUGAUAAGUAUCAUUGUUUUAGGAUAAAAUUUAGAAGACAGCAUAAAGCUGCAAUUUGAGCUUUCCUUUGGUAAGGACUUAACCAUGGCCGUUGAGUACCAUGGAAGGAUACUUUCUACUUCAUUGAGUGUUUGAUAGGGUCUAUCAUCUACAGAUAGAUAAAAACACAAACACAUACACAUCAUAAUAAAACCAGUAGAUUCCUCACUACAUUUCGAAUUUAAAACGACCACUAUCAACUACCAAUUAAAUAAAAAAUUCUAUAAAAAAAUUCCUUUAAAAUUGUUGAUAGGUAUACAAUUUCUGAUAAAAAAACGUAUUUACAAACAUAAAAAAAACAUAAUAAAACUAAUAUACUCUAGUAGCUCUGAAUCUAAAAAAAGGCGUUUACUUCUUCAGCCAUAAAAUCCUUUGCUCUGUAUAGUAUAAGUGAAAAAUGAGUCAAUAUGGUUUGUUUUUCACACAGAGAACAACGUCUUGGAUAAGGUUCGUGAAAAACUGGUGCAUAUCGAAACGGACGACUUGCAACAAUCGGAAACGAAACAACAUCAUGGUCCAUUACAGGACUCCCAGCAUUUCCAUCAUCAUCGCCAUUACUUGCAUCAUCACCAGCAGACGCUCCACCAUCACCACCAUCAUCUCCGACGACCGUCAAGAAACGAAGAGCCGCGGGACCCAGUCGCGUUGCAGCGAAAAUGGAAAAAGACCAAAUUGGUUGUAUCCCGGCUCCCAUCCUCUGACUCCGAGGCAUCGGACCAGUCAGACGUCGUACCGGAAAUCCGGGUAUCCAGUAGUACUAACGGACAACAUGCAGCGGUGGAAGCUAAGUCCCGUGGUCUCCCGGACACAUCUCUUCCUCAUCCUUCACUAGCUCCAGUGAUAUCGGACGGCAAGCAGAGGGCCAGACUCAAAUUGGCGCAGAUACUGUACAAGGAAGCAAGAAGGCGAAGACAAAAGUACGUGGAAGAGUUGCAGAACCAACAAGAAUAAUAUGAUACCC